CGAGAAUGUGUUAAUUUGUUGAGACAAGAUGGCGUCGCUUGGUUCAGAAGUUCUAGGCUUUUUGAUGCAAAAUUCGCUAUACGUGAUAUUUGCAAGCUUAGUAACAGUAACAGUCAUUUUACUUUCAACAUCUUACUUGAAAUAUAAAAUUCUGACUUCUCGAACUUCAGAAAAAGAGCCGCAGAAGAUUUCUGAUAAAAUAUCAGCGGUAAAGGAUAAGCCAGAUGUGUCGUCUGCUUCAGAGAGCAAGACAAAUGGAGAAAUAGCAGGCGAUGAAGUUGACGAAACUGACGAUGAGCCAGUAAUUGACCCAGUUACAUAUUGUGAACACAUUCAGGGAGAAAUCAAGAAAGUCAAACAGAAAGUUGCUACUCGUAAAAUAUGUGAGGGCCUGACAAAAGAACAGUUAGCAGAAGAGAGGGAGCGUCAGCGAGAACAGCUGUCACAAAUUUUCAAACUGAUGCAGGAACAGAAAGAACGUUUUGGCAUUAACUCUAUGGAGGAAAUGCAAGACCAGAUGCGCCUCUAUGCAAAUUUCUAAAUCCUGGAGUACAUAUUAAUAGAUUUUUUUCAAAACAAUAGUUACAUUCUUUGGAUGUAGGUAUGUAUCCAUGAACAUGUAGAGAUGUGCAAGUACACUCACAGGCACAUAUCUAUACCAUUGACAUUCUCUAAUUAUAAUACUUGGCCAGAAAGAAAUGGUUUCCUUCUCAUGGAAUACGUAAAAAUUGUGUUUUUUAACAUGAUAUAAUAGUUUAAAUUUUUUUAUAAUAAUCACCUUUCAUAUUCUGAUCACUGUAACUAAAUUUUAGAAAUGACUACAGCUUUUAUUUUACUCUAAUUUCCAAAAAGUUGUGUUUGAGUCAGAAUAUGGCGAGCUGUUCAGGGUGGCCAAAAAUUGUUGACUAGUGCUACUAGCAUUUACACUACAUAUUACUUUCUCUGUAGUAAAUCUCUCUUUUCCAGACCACUAAGAAGUAUAAUUAAUGCAUCAUUGUCUCGUGAAUCUCACAUCACAGUGCAGCUUGCGUGCAUCUACCUUAAGUUUAUUGGGAUCACUCAUAUUUGACCCUUCCUGAGUAAAAUUGGCCCAUCCUUCACUGUAUCAUCUCAACACUGUAAACAGGCCUUUUUAUUGAAUCUAGUGUUUUCUGGUUUUGAUUGCAGAAUCGAUUCACCCCUAGUCUUUAAUUGUGGGAGAUUACCAUAUGAUUGAGAGCCACCAUCACAACUACAAAAUCAUGCACAACUGCGUGCUGGCAACAUUAGGACAUAGUAUAAGAAAUAUUAUCUCUCAUAAAUGAUCCCCGAAACUCUGUUGGUAAUAGCUACUUGUGUCAUUGGUGAUCUAUUUGUCUUUUGGGCAUGGAAAGAUUCAGCUUUCAGUGUUGGAACAAUAUGAUCUCACAUGGGGCAAAAUGGCCAUAGCUGGACCAAGUUAGCACAAAUGGGGGUUGGGUGGGUGAAAUGACUACCUCCCUUUUUUAUAUGGUCAUUUGUUUGCUGACCUUUGUGUUCUUUGCUGUAUGGUUGGCUGUCAGUUUGUUUAUCCUGUAGUCUUUUGCUCACAGCACAUUUAGAUCUCUUUCACAUGAGGAAAUAUGCUAAGCAAUUUCAGUUAUUAUUGUUCUUCUUAAGUUUAUGCUUUGGUUCCAUUAUGGUCCAUUUUUGGUGGCCACUAAAGAAGAUGAUUUCUCACAUUUCAUUCUGUUUAAUCCAUUUUACCUGUAAGGAAAGCAAUAUUUUUCAGACUUGUUUUCAGACUUUACACGCACCCUGUCAAACAUUGAUAAAACAUCUUAGUCUAACAAUUAGACAUUACUGCUGGAGGAAUAAUAUAGGGUAAAGCACAUUGAUUUUAACUGAUAAUUGUGAAGGAUUUUCCCCCCUAAUUUUUCUUGAUGCUGCUUGACAUUUUUGAACUAAGAUUUGGAUUGUAUUCAGUGGAAAAAAGAGUCUCAGUAACAUGUACAUGUCAAAUCCUAAAGGUUAUUUACAGAAGAUGAUAAAUAAUUUUACAUUUGAACCUCUGAAUGUUUUGGAACAAAGUAUUAUUACUUUUGAUAUUCUUAUUUAUUGUAUUAAUCAAUACAUUGUGUUGGUAAUUAUAUAAAAAGGUGUGGUAUUUUUUCGGAUAUAACAACUUGUAUCUUCAGAAGUCUGGACAAGGUUGGAGAAAUUGGUGUUUUAUGAUGAACCAGCAAUUAAGGCUCUAUCAUGACAAAGCAUAUGACCCUCCAAAUAGAUGCUACAUGCAGAGAAAGAACUCAGGUCUGGAGUUAAAGUGGAGAUUUCACAUUUAGAGUGUGCAUGACAUUGUAAAGUUAGCUCCUCCUUCUGCCCCACUUAGAAGGAAUGAUUUUUUUUCCCUUUAUUGUUGCAAACAUUUGAUGGGAAAAAACUGCCCAGAUGUAAAGACCUCAAGUCCAUGUGAGGUGAGGUGGAAAAUUAGCUUCAGUUUGGUCUUAUCAUCUCCUGCUUCAGGCAAAACUUUUUGUCCCUGUAUGUUGUCCUGGUGGUGAUGUGUGCAAUUCUCAGCUGUCUUAACAUUAACUUGCAGUUUGCAGAGAUAAAGGUUUGGAGAAUUGUUGAUAGUGAAUUCAAACUGAGCUUGUGGUAAAGAUAUUUGUCCUUAUGAUAUUGUAUGUAUAUAUAUACACAUGUUAAUAUAUUCAUUUAUAUAGUAAUUGAACAAUUUCUGGACACCAUGCAGAAAAUAGAUUGAUUCGACAUCUGUCUUAAGCUCCAAUUCAGUUGUUAUUAUGGAAUGUCCAUUGUGAUCAUUUGUGUUUUCAUUUCCUUGUUGUCAGUCUACUCAUACCCUUGUCCAUAUUUAUUCUCAUGUACUUGUCAUAGCUGCUGUAUAAUUAUGCAGUUUUGGGUGACACAAAAAUUAUCACACUGUGAUGAAUUUGAUGUACCUUAUAUUUAUAUAAGCUCUGGCUCAUUUAAAGGUUGGCCUCAAGGGCAUGUAUAUAAGUAUUGAAGUGUGAUCAUGUGAUUGGUGAAAAAAGACUAUCAAGGAAGAAAUCACACUUCAAAAUAAAAACCAAACUCCUAAUCAUGUAAAGAAAAUUUUUAAGGGGUUUUGAAAACGUAAAAAGCAAACCAAAACAGUUUAGGUCGGAGGUCUCAUCAUUCAAGACAUUUUGUAAUAACUUGCAACAUGAAAUGUGUGUGAUAUUUCAUUACUUGCUAUCAAAGGUCAGUAAAAUACUUUAUGUAUAUAGUUGAACAUCAGGGGAAAAUGACUUUAACAAUUGUUCUUUCUGCAGCUUCUCACAUACUUUUUCAAUUUUUGCAUCAGUUUGCCUUUCACAUUAGCUUAACCAACUGUAGUUACCUUCCCAAGUUGAAACUUAUAGGUAAAAUUGCCCAUGUUCAUAAAUAUAAGCCCUGAUCAUUAGUGUGCUGGACUGUGUAGCAGGUUUCCAGUUUAAGGCUCUGGUCUAUGGCUGAACAAUUUUAAACAUCUAGCAUCAGCUUAACAGAAAGGGGAAGAUGAUUUGUAAUGAAAGGUAAUGUAGCAGAAUGAGAAGGUUGGGCUUCACCUUCAAUAUGCUGUGGCCUAAAGAUGGGACCACAUACAUUAUGUUCACUGCUACUGCAACCAUAAGGCUAUGGGAAUUCUUUACCUUUACCAAAGUGAUUACACUUAGAGGCAGCUCCAUAUUUCAUCAACAACUCAAUUAAAACAUAUGCUUCUAGAAAAGUGACUGGAAGUGUGUGACGAUUCAUCUAAAAUAUUGGACAGUUUAGCCAAUGGAUUUUUUUUUUUUUUGUAAUUAUAUCUGAUCCCUGAACCCAGACCAGGUUUUAGGACACUCUUUGUUAAAUGUGCCUUGAAAUUAUUCCUGUUGGCAGUCUUAUUCCAUAAAUGAAUAAUGCAGAGGUUCUGAUUUCUUUGUAGAACAGUGUAUGGUAGGAUUGUCAUUAGUAUCAUUGUAGAUGUACACUUGAUUCAGACAUUCAAGUUUUCCCAUUUAUGAGAUUUACCUCAAAACUUCUAGACGAUGGGAUACAGAUGUUAGAAACUGUUUUAAGUAUAAAAGUAACAGUUACACUGAACUAUGUGACACAAGGUAUGCCUGUAUAAUUGUUUCUCCAAAUAUGCUGUUUCCAAGGAGCAAAAAAAGGUUUUACCCAAAAGUCUGGGACAGCAUUUACAAGUAACUCCUUUCUUUCGCCGUAAAGGAAAAAUAUUUCAAAAAUCAGUUAAUAGUAAUUUGCAAGGAUAGUACCAUUUUGCAGCCUGUGUCAAGAUAUGAAAUGUUGAAUACGUUUGUUGUCUGGACAAAUGUUUAAAAAGGAGUGUGUGCAUGUAUGUUACCAUUUGACAGCACGUCAACAUUAAAAUACUGAGCAUAUUU